AUGUCUCGAGGCGGUCUUCGUCGCAGCCAACUGCUGCUACUGCCACUGGUUCUCAUGUCGAGCUUCUGGCAACACGCGCAUGGCCUGGGUCAGACAUAUUGCUCGAGCCAAAACACGGGUUCUGACUAUGACGCUGUGACCGACAUUUACCAGUCUAAUGGUGCAUGCCAGAAAACAUGCGUCGGCAACUACGCCUUUGCCAUAGUCCAGUACCAACAAUGCUGGUGCUCGAACUACGCUCCUGCAGACCAGCUCGACCUCUCGCAGUGUAAUGCUCCUUGUCCCGGCUAUCCCGAUGAUAAAUGUGGUGACAAAGAUGAUGGCCAUUUCGGCUACAUCAAGCUCAACCUCAGCCCAUCAGGCACCCAGGGCUCUGGCUCCGGCUCCGCCGAGAGUUCUACAAGUGCUGCUCAAUCCUCAACACAACAACCGACACCUACCUCAUCACCCUCUCCCUCCUCCGCCCAGGCCUCUCCCCUCCGUGCAGAGCGAUACCACCGUGUUCACCUCUGUGCCUAUCACCGUGACCGUCAAGCAGACACACCUACAACGACAUCAUCACCACCACCAUCAACGACACCCUCUUCAACUUCGUCGUCUACAUCAUCAACAUCAACAUCCCUUGCCAUCACCUCUACUCAAGCAGCUGUUGUGACAAGCAGCCCUUCUUCUACUGCUGCCGACACUGAAUCCCUUUCCCACACUACUUUUGUCAGCACCCGUGUUGUCACCCUUUCGGGAGCUCCAGUAACCCAAACCGUUACAAGCACUGCUGUCGUGACUCCCGGUGCCGGCUCGCUACAUGAAAACGAACACGAAGGUGUUUCUGGUGGGACUGUAGCAGGAGCUGUCAUUGGUUCUGUUGCUGGUGUCGCUCUUCUCCUUGCAGGUGCAUUCUUUCUAUGGCGUAGGAAACAAUCCGAGACAUCCGAUGAUCCAGAAUCACCGAGAUCGGGCUCUGGCUCAGGUUCUGCCCGAAGAAGAAUGGAGCGCAAUACUAGCGUUCUCAGCAAGACCGGUCUACUGUCAUCUGCAGGCACUGCUGCUGAUAUGGAAAAGUUCCAAGAUGACUCGGCUCUGGGUCAUAAAUAUCACGGCAGCGAAUCGACUGCGCCAAUGUCCAGCAGCCCAGAUGGCGACAGGCGAAACAGUCGUCCACUCGUUUAUGAUCAACGACUCAACCCUGCUGCGCUGAUGGAACACUGGGAAAGAAACGGCAGUCGCGCGAGCAUCGGCACCAUGCAAGACCAACGAGACUAUUCCCGACCCUUGGGUGUCACGAAUCCCGAUCCAGUCGACGAUUAG